CUUAGACGUCCCCGUCGCCACUCACCAUUUCCCCCCACGAUUCCUGCCCGAAACCUAUCCUGCGGCACCAACCAGCCCCGUUCCUCAUUCAAACUCCAUUUCCGCCCCUCGCAAAGCACCGUCCGUUUCGGCAAUUCCUUGGCCCGGAAGCACGCUCCUCUGUACAUGCGACAUGCCUUGCGAGCUGCUAAUGUAAUGCCCACUCCUACUCGGUUUGCGUUGUCCUCCCUUUACUUCUUGGCCAAAGCCCCAUAGCAGGUGGCGCGUCUCGUCAUCCUACUUGGCUCCCAAGAGAUCGUCUCCUUCUUUACCCUUGAUCCUCCUGGCUCGCCUGCACUGUGUACUGCACCUCCGUGCCCUCCCGUCCACUCUCGUCCUUGUGCUGCUGACCAUCCAACAUCCUCCUCCGUGAUCGGUGGCGCGCCGCGGGCGGUUCAUCGAUCGGUUCAGUGGUAGCCAUUCUUGCAGCUACAGGGCAUGUGCUUUUCUGGUAAAGCGUGCUGCCCCCUGUGUGCCUUGGGCCGGAGCAAGGAAUAUUUCUGAAUUCUUGAUCACGGGAAGGUAUCGACGAACUAGAUGCAUCAGAAAGUUCCCGCGUGAAGAUCUUCACGCGACAAGCCGAGAAAUUUCUUGGGUAGUGAUUCCACUGCCCUUAAGUAGAAAUGGAAAAGGGAGGGUUCAAGAUGUUCAACAUAGUCUCAUCCUGGAACAAGAGGAGGAGAAGCAGAUCACUUGAUCAGCUAAAUCCAUGGGUGUACAAGCCGGCCGAGCUGUGGCAGGCGAAGGAGCAGAGCCCGCCACCGAAGAAGCGCAACUGCACGAUGGUGUUCACGCUCAAGGAGAUGGAGGAGGCCACCAACAUGUUCAGCGACCGGAACCUCAUCGGCAAGGGCGGCUUCGGCCGGGUUUACAGAGGCGUGCUCAAGGAUGGCCAGAUCGUUGCGAUCAAGAAGAUGGACCUGCCCACCUCCAAGCAGGCCGACGGCGAGCGCGAGUUUCGGGUAGAGAUCGACAUCCUGAGCAGGCUAGACCACCCCAACCUGGUGACGCUGAUCGGCUACUGCGCCGACGGGAAGCACCGGUUCGUGGUCUACGAGUUCAUGCCCAAAGGCAACCUCCAGGACAUCCUCAACGGCAUUGGGGAGGUGAAGAUGGACUGGCCGCUGCGGCUGCGGAUCGCGCUGGGCGCGGCGAGGGCGCUGGCGUACCUGCACUCCAGCACGGCCGUCGGCGUCCCCGUCGUCCACCGGGACUUCAAGUCCAGCAACAUCCUCCUCACCGAGCACUUCGAGGCCAAGAUCUCGGACUUCGGGCUCGCCAAGCUGAUGCAGCAGGACCAGGACCUGCACACGACCACCAGGGUCCUGGGCACGUUCGGCUACUUCGACCCCGAAUACGCGCUGACGGGGAAGCUGACGCUGCAGAGCGACGUGUACGCGUUCGGCGUCGUGCUGCUUGAGCUGCUGACGGGGCGGCGGGCCAUCGACCUGAGCCAGGGGCCCCAGGAGCAGAACCUCAUCGUGGGGAUCCACCAGGUGGUGGGCGACCGGAAGAGGCUGCGCCGGGUAGUGGACCGGGACAUGGCCAAGGGAUCCUACACGGUGGAGUCGGUGUCCAUGUUCGCCGGCCUCGCCGCGCGCUGCGUCUGCUUCGACAGCGCCGCCCGGCCGUCCAUGCCGGACUGCGUCAAGGAGCUCCAGUUCAUCAUGUACGCCAACAUGAAGAUAUGAUAUGAUCACUCUCGCUCGGGUCUGGACUCUGGAGGGGACGCAGAACACGCGUGGGUUUUGAGACAGAGGGCGCGGCUGCUGGUGGAUUGGAAUUGCAGGUCUGCAGCUUUUGUCCGAUUGAUUGAAACAAAAAUCGAAGAGGGUUGAUCCUAUGAUGAUCGUGAUACUUGUACAGGGUUAUAGUAAUUUCUCAUUGCGAUAAGAUUGCACUUCGGUCUACAAAAGAGGAAUGCUUUUUUUUUUUACUUUAGAAAGAAAAAAUGGAUACCUAACAAUAAGGACUCUGUUUGGGACCGCAAAUUCUAUGAGAUCAAAGAGAGAUCUCACUUUGUAUGUUGUCGUGUGCAAGGAGCCAAGGAUAGUUGUGCAAAGAGUCGUCCCCCUCU